GCAGAAACUACCAGACACAACAGAAAAUGAAAUUUUUGGAUAAAUCUUCCUUAUUUUUCACGCCAUAACGGACAAAUAAGUUACCAAAUGGACAUCAUUUGACAUUGUCAGUUGGAAAAAUAUACAUUGGCUCUGCAUACCCUAGAAUUUGAAGAUGAAGACCAUGUCGUGACAGGGAGGUGACAAAGCAAGGACCAUGUCGUGACAGGCAGAUGACAAAGCAAGGAUGAGUUCGAAGGAGUACAUGUGUCUCUGGUGGGCCCAGGUGCCCGCAGAGCUCCGCAAGUUACGCGAUGAUACAAAACUGUGUGAUAUGACGUUCGUACUUAACGGAACCUUGGAGUAUAAAAUGCAUGCAUUGGUGCUUGUCUGCGCAAGCAGUCAGUUUCGGAACCGCCUCAACAAAACCGGAUGGCAAAACACAUAUUUCUUUGAUAACGUAAACAUCGAGUGUUUUCGACACCUGUUGAAUUACGUUUAUGGGUGUAACUUAGUAUUGAGUGAGGCUAAUGUCAAGGAUAUGCUGUAUCUUGCGACUAUGUUGAGCAUCGACACUGCCAUGAUGCAUUGCGAGGAAUUCUGUAACGCUUUACAAAACCAAUCAAAUGAGCAUUCGAACAAUUCAAAUCAAGAAACUAGUACCAUUUCACAGGAGCAAAAUCAAACAAUAAAACGGCAUUUAUCGAUAGAGACGAAUACACCGAAAAAUGGUGAUUCAGUAAAUACAGCUGACACUGGGACGAGUAUGAGUAAUCAUAGUGGUGCCGAAAGUGUUUUGGAUGAGAAUAGCUCCAAUGUCGAAAUGUCUGAAGAAGGGCAUGAAGAAAUGGAGAAAAGUUGCUCGACGGAGGACAGUCUUUCAAACACGUUUGAUAAUGCCAGUAAAGAACUCUUGGGGCGACCUGUGAAGGCAGAGGAUGGAGAGGGGCGGGAGGACGGCAAUUCAAAUAGCAGUGGUAAUAGUGGGGAAGAGGGUGAAAAGCGCAUUGGUAGUGACCUCGGUGAUAAGACGCAUGGAAUCGAAAAACCAAAAGGUAAAAGUUUAGAGGACAUUUGCGCUCAGUUGGCCUCUAGUAGACAAUUUGCUCAAAGUUCUGUGCCGUCGGAUGGCGUGUGCAGGCAAAACAUUCCACCUAAACCAUCACCCAAAUCAAAUGGAGACGAACAUGGGGUGGACACGGCUAAACAGGAUGGUGAAGUUGACAAGGAUUGUGGGAUUUAUCAGUAUGUCAUGAUGCCGUUCAGUACCUCCGGUGCGUCAUCUCUGUCGUCGUUCACCACUCUGCCAUCAUCUUGUUCGGGUGGUAUAUAUUCAAACUCUUGCGGAGGAAAAGGGAAAUUCACUCUGGCAGGGUCAAAUCUGGACCUGCGAGCUUGCGCCAUUCGGCGGGAGAAGGACAAAAGUAAAUAUAUCAGUACGCUGCUUGGGUUGCGUUCACAGGACAACGACUCUCCUUUAGAUCUUGACGCAUCAGAAUCACUAUCUUUGGACACUCAGAUUCCUCCCCCAUCAUCUUCACCUGCACCUACAUCAGUGUCCACUUCAGUGUCAAAAACCUCGGCCAGUCUCGCUAUUCGUAUACCAAAACCUAAUUUCAGUUCUAGUGGGAACUCUGCUCCCAUGUCACAACCACUUGUUUCCCCUAUUUCUUGGUCGCCCUCGGUCACCCCUGCAGACACAGCUGUGACGUGGUCGCAGUCGGACAAUAAUUUACAUGUGCCAUCUUCGAAAGAUAACGACGUUAUCAGUAAAAUAGUUGACAGUUUAGAGACAAUGACAGAUAGUGGCGACCAGGCGGAGAGUGAACUAAAAUCUGAUGGGGGAGUCGUUGGCCAAAAUAUGGACACGGAUAGUAACGUAUCAGCAAAUCAAAGUGAUGCUACUUGUACCUCCAGCAUGGAGAAUCUAACAGUGCCAGUGUGUUCGUCGGCAGAUCAAACUAUGAAUAAAAACACUGUGGUCGUUUCUGACCAAAACAAACAAACCCCUAAUGAAGUAAUGUGUACGUCUGCAAGUACUACCCCUGUGACAAACACUGCUCAGUCUUUAUACCCAUUCCUUAAUCAAAUUGGUCAAAAUCUUUAUCCUGUGUAUCUCCCGUUCUCAAAUAUGCCAAACUUCAAUGGAACGAAGGACGAUUUCUCAUCGAUGAUCCCACCUGGAUUAAGCAGUGGCAUGCCGCCAUUGCAGAAUAUUGUGAAGUCCGUUAAUGAGAAUUUACCCCUCCCUCAAUCUUUGCUAAACGGGGCAUUAACUCAAGCAGCCGUUCAACAAUCGCAAUCAGUUGCAGCACUGCAGCAAUCACACUCUGUUGGAGACAUCACGUCGCAAUUAAACUUUCCAAACAUUGGUAACUUUGGGCAGAAUAUGUCUAAUGUUCCAUUCAUGAAUACUUCAACUGGUCCCAUCCCUCUACCUGAUUCGGGUCAACAAUCAAGCCCUGCGUUGCCCGUGGUGAUGGCGAACUCUCAAACACAGACGAGCAACUCGUCAAGUGCAAGUGAGGAAGAGGAAGAAGAUGAGCAGACGCCGAUGGAGGAACAGACUGCUGCUGUCACUGAUGCCAAUCUCCAGCAACAGUUGCAGACGGUACUUUCCCAGCAGCUUCAAGCAAACGUGAAGAAUUCUGGACAAGUUCCAAUGGAUGGAUUGAACAAUUUGAACAUGAAUAACAUGAAUAUAAACAGUUUGCAGGCAGCGGCGAAUUUAAAUGCUGCAAUGUCUUUAUAUACUUGCAUGAUGUUGCCGAAUGCUGCCGGGGUCCCCCAGCCUACUGUUCUGUUGCCUCAAGGUGACAGUGUAAACACCAUGUUGCCUCAAAGCACAAGUUUUGCUCAACCGCCAGCUAGUCAGAGUUCGGGUAUGCCUUUCUUUACGCAACCAGGAAUUCAGAAUGGCAUGGCGUAUCCACAAACCAGUAUCAGUCAAGGAAACCUCGCAUCAUUCCUCCAGCCAAACAUUACUCAAAAUAACAAUGCUCAGUUACAACUUCCAUGUAGCUUGCCCCAGUCUACGAAUGCUUCAAUGCUCCAGCCUAGUUUUACACAAGCCACAACUUCUCCGAUGCUGCCUCCAAAUAUGUCGCAGGCAAAUGGGACGUCUGUUUUACAGCCCGGACUACUACCCACAAAUAUUCAAAAUACUGCCCUCAUGGCACAAGCGACUCUGACUCAAACGAACAUUACUCCAUCACCGUUACCACAGGUUCAGACGCCAUGUUCUAACAAUGGCACUCUAAUCCCACCAAACAUGCUUCAGUCCGGGAAUCCAUUCGGUCAACAAAACAGUCAGGCUCUCGUUCCACAGGGGAUGAACCAGCCUGAUGUUUCUUUACUGCCACAGAAUAUGCCAAUGUCGGGCAGUCCUCUCCUGCAAUCCGGCCUAAACCAGCUGAACAAUGCCUCCUUCCUUGCUGCAGGGGCAAACCAGCCUGGUUUCCUCCCAGCAGACUUCAAUCUCGGAAACCCUCUCAUGACUGGAAAAUCGCCCAAUAUGACCAAGACAGGUUUUAACAUGGCGUCGCCGUUUCUUGGGCCACCUGGGAACUUUCCGCUUGCUUCGACGUUACAACAGAUGGGUCAAGGUCAACAAUAUGAUUUGUCUAAUCUUUGUAAGGAUAUGCCGACGAUGGAUGCGGGACCGGGAAGAACCAAUGGUCAGAUGGCUGGGCCUGGUGGCGGUGACAGUGUUCCUGUAGCACCUGCAUUAGGACCAGCAGUGAACAAGCAUCUGUUUGACUGCCCGGUCUGUGGUAAAGGUUUCCCCAACACCAAGCAGAGAGCAGUCCACAUGAGAAUACACUCGAGAACCGAGCAUAAACCAUUUGUAUGUGACAUGUGUGGAUUCAGAACUAAGUAUGCGGAUCGAUUAAAGAUUCAUAAGCGUCUCCAGCACACCCAUAAAGGAGUAAAGCCAUUCAAGUGUCCAUAUUGUCCGUACGCUACAUCAUUGAAGGGGAACUGCAGAAAGCAUGUAAUGACCAAGCAUCCAGGAUUGGAAGUGACUGUUGAGCAAGUUAUGCCGAUUUAGUGUUGAAAAAGGGUUCAAGAGUAAUGUUGAAGGUGUCAUAAGGUUGCCAUAAUGUGUUUUGCUCGACUGUCUUUGUACAGUAGAACCUCUCUCUAGAGAAAACUACACAGUUUCCAAUGUUCACUGCGGUUUCCAUUUGAAGUGAAAACAGCUUUAUUUUGUUAUUAUUCAAUUUUUUAUUCAUGAUCCGAAUUCCUGUCUACAUUCUCAGUCAUCCAGGGUGUUCGUGUGUCAUCCCUCCUGAACGGCCUUUUACAUGCAAUGUUCUGAUAGAAAUAAGUACCAAGAAUUUUGUACCUGUUAUUUUCUCCCUAAAUUCAGUUCGCUUACAGUGUAAAUUUAAAAGAGUUUGUCUGUGUAAGUGUAAGUUAUUACAAGUGGUGAAAUGUAUUAAUUGUACAGUGUAUUUGUGAACAAGUCUUUGACAAAGCCGUUCAGAUACCUUAGAGUUAAGAAGUCUUCACUUUUAAUGAAAGUUUUCUCUUAAUUUUCGCUUUGUCCUUGCCUGACUUGAGGCAGUAAGAGUAUUUGCUAUUUGUAUGAAUCUUUUUUUACGGUACUUCACUUGGAUCUAAAGGAGAAAAAAAGUCAAAGGUCCAAAACCUCUUUCCAAAACAUUACGGAAUUGUCUCUCAUAUUGAUGCCAUCUAUUUUCUUAACAUUAUUACAUACUUAUUGGUGUUUUGAGUCUGGUGUUCUUUGUUUUCUGUUGUGAAGUUAAUCGGCUGUGUAUUUGUGUUAAAUAAUUAGUUACUGGAUGGUUAGUACUUCAGAAUUGGAAAGAACAGGGUUAAUAUUUGGUCUAUACAUUUAUAUAAGUGUUAUGAUUACUCUUUAACAUGUUUAAAGGAUUUAGUGUGACUCUGGUUGCCAGUAAGGGGCAAUUUAAAAAUUGUAAGAUAUUAAGAUUUUGACCUCUGUUCUACAAUGGUUGUUGUUGUGUAACUUUUUACGAGCUGUCCGGUGGUGUCGUGUCGAGGUUCGAAUUGAGCCCAGAUUAAAGCUUUUUAGCUUCUGUAUAUUGCUGAAUAAUUCUAGCUGAUUGCUUAUCAAAAUCAUGACUGUUGGUUAAUCUCUGCCAUUUUGUCAGUUGUGGUUGUAAAAAAUUAUAUUGGAUAGUCGAGGCAUUACUCUCCAAUCAACCCGUUAUCUAAUCUUAUUAUAAUGAUAGAUCGAACUCAUUCUGAUUCUGUAAGACCUGCAGUGUUUACUAGUGCUCCAAGGGUAGGCUGAGGGCCUAGCAAGUUUAUGCUGCCUGACACUUGCACUAAAUCCUUAAUGACCAGGUAGGACUCCUGUCAAACAGCAGAUGUAAGGAGAGCAGUGAAAGUCAUUUUUGGUAAGGCCAAUAUUACAAAUUGCAUGUAUGUGGAAAUCGGCUCAGUCUCUCCAGCAUAUCCCCCCUCCCCCAGUCCAACAUGCUGACAGCCCAUUUGGUUAAACGGGAGUUGUUUAAGAGUGGAUGAACUGAACAGGGCAGGCCAUACAGAAUCUGGAAGAUUAGAUUUGGUCCACAUACAAAUAGACACAAUGAAAUCAUAGGCAUUAACAUCCUACAGAAAUCCUAGUAGAACUAUUCUGAUUCUUACCUAUAGAAUAUUCAUGUAUGAAAUCUAUUUAUUGUCGCAUCAAUGUAAAAGGAAUAUUUUGGAUUUCAUAUUGUAAGGAAUCGCAACUCAGAUCACCUUAGAGAAUGAGCUUCCGAAAUAAAUCGGCAACAACGCUUUUGAUUAUUUACAACGGAAAUAUUUUACGUGAAUUUCCCAAUCGCUUCUUGCUCCAAAACCUAUAUAUUGUUUUUUGAGUCAUUGGUGUGACUUCAGCAUUGUAUAUACCUUUUGUAAUUUUGUAUGUAAAUUCAAGAUGUAUGUGAGUUCUGUCAACAUAGAAUAUCCAAAUUUGAAUUUUUUUCUCAUACAGGGUUUUAAAGCAUGUGCUAUCAAAUGGCAUUGGUAAUAAUAUAUAUCGAUUGUGAAAUCGAAAGUCACAGUUUAAUAAAUUUUUAAAAAAGGUUUUCAUGAUAUGAAUAUGUGACCAUUCCGACUUACCAGCAGUGUACGUCAAUCCUAAAAUCUCCUCCUUCACGAGAAGGAUGUAUAUACGCCCACCGCUGGUAGAUCGGCAUGAUAUGUGUCUCAAACUAUUUCUUAGGACAUUUUUGUCCUUUGUUGUAAAUGCACUGCCAUUUUGUAUUUUAUGUAUAGUCUGUACUUCUCCAUGUCAUACUGUAAAGUGCAAAAUUUUUGUGCUUCUUUGUUUUGGCGAUUCGCGAAAGUCUUUGAAAAUAAAUUUUUGGCGAUUUUUAUUUUCGCAAAUCUAGUUUAUUUGCACAAUCUGCGAAAAUCAAACGCCCACAAAAAUUUGGCGAUUUACAGUCUGUAAUUAUACUUUUACUAUGUGUAUCAUUUUAAUGCUAUGUAUACCUUUUACAGCUGCCAUAUGUUAAGUAGCCAGAUUCUUAAAUUUUUGCGAUUAUCAAAUCCAGAUCAGCGCUCAAAGAAAUGUAAUGUUGCAAAAUCCAGGCACAAAGCAUUGAAGAAAGUCGAUGUGAAUUGAGAGACUAUGUGGACCAAAUUCACCAAGACGCAAAGAUACAGGUUUACUGUGUUUGGCUCAAGAGUUUUAUUGCAGAAUGAGAUAGUAAUAUGAACUGUUGGGGAACUAGACCUAAAAAUAUUCCGCUGACAAUUGAAGAUAAAUUAGGGACCAAAAUCUGUGUCCUUAGCCUUAACGCUUUCAAUAUGGCAAUGUUUGUUUAAAGCCUUGUAUUGUGGAUCCAUCUAUUGUUGCAUUUGGUCUUUGGAACUAUAAAGCUGGUAGAAUGGAGGCAUGUAAGUGUACUAAAGUUGGUGGCACACAAGCGAAUGUCUGUGAGUUUGUAUUACAGAUGUCUUUUAAAUCCGAUAGUGAUAGAAAAACAAAAUUUCUUUUGCUGCCAUCAGUGUCAUUGUGUCAUCUAUAUCAGUGCCAUAAAACAGAACCUUCAUUUUUUCCAAUUUUUUAGAUGAUUUUAAAAUGUCUGCCAAAUUAUCUGGUAGAGAUUCAUCUCUGUGUGCUGCCAGCUUUACCCUGUUCUAGGCAGUCACCUUGCUCUUGGCAGUUCGUAUCCGAUUGUACAACAGCCAAUUGGUUGAGAAUGUGUGUGCCAAGUAAAUGCAUUUGGUUUCUCUAUUUUUCAUACCAAGGAGAUUUGUUAGAGACUUUGGCUGCUCAUUUAUAGGUGUUUGUAUAUUAUUGGAGGUUUUUGUUAGAAUCUUUGUCAGAUUUGUGCUUCGUUACCUUGUACUUUUACAUCUAUUGGGUAUUGUCUUGUUUACUUGUACAAUAGCCAAAAUAAACUAGCAGUAAAUGUUCCUUUUGUAUAA